CCGCGCCGCCGCCGCCGCCGCCGCCGCCGCCGCGCCGGGCCCCUCGGAGCGGGCGGCGCUGGCGCGGGAGCGCUUCAAGGUGGUCUUCGCGCCGCUCAUCUGCGAGCGGACGUGCCAGAAGGGCCGGUGCCGGGACAGCUGCAAGCCCGGCAGCAACAUGACGCUCAUCGGCGAGAACGGGCACUCCAUGGACACGCUCACCGGCUCCGGCUUCCGCGUGGUGGUUUGUCCCUUGCCCUGCAUGAACGGUGGUCAGUGCACAUCUGGCAAUCAUUGUCUGUGCCCCCCGGAAUUCACCGGCCGUUUCUGCCAGGUGCCCGUGAACCGCCAGGGACAGCAGGUGCGAGCCCUCAGCGAGGGGGCACCGAUGGAGACGGGCUCCAGCAAACACGCCAUUUACGCCGUACAGGUCAUCUCGGAUCAUCACAGCGACAGCCCCUCUGGGCCGGGUUCGAAAAGCACCGUGAGCCAUUCCACCUUUAUGGUGCCCCUGGGGCAUCAUUCCUCUGAAGUUCAGAUGCACCAGCCGCUGGUCAACGUCCGCGUGCAUCACCCGCCAGACGCCUCCGUGCAGGUCCACCGGAUCGACAGCCUCAGCUCGGAGGGGAGUGGGCCGGGGGGUCCCCACCAUCUGAUCCAGCACCCGGCUCCGAAACCUGCCUACACCCGGCCCCCGACCCAGAAGCCCCUGGGGCGCUGUUUUCAAGAGACCAUGCCCAAGCAGUCGUGCGGGAGCAACCCGCUGCCAGGUCUCACAAAGCAAGAGGAUUGCUGCGGCAGCAUUGGCACCUCCUGGGGCCAGACUAAGUGCCACAAAUGCCCCCAUCUGCAGUACUUGGGGGUGCAGAAGACGAUGGGGAGCGAUUGUCCGCAGGGAUACAAGCGACUCAACAGCACUCACUGCCAGGACAUCAAUGAGUGUGCCAUGCAAGGCGUGUGCAAAGGAGGAGAAUGCUUGAACACUCAAGGAAGCUUCCGUUGCGCGUGUAAACCAGGACAGGUUUUGGGACCUUCGCGCACCCACUGUGUGCCGGAGAAAGCCGGGGAGAGGAGUCUCUGUUUCCGGCUGGUGAGCCCCGAGCGGCAGUGCCAGCACCCCCUCUCAACCAGGCUGACCCGCCAGACGUGCUGCUGCAGUGUGGGCAAAGCCUGGGGGGCCCAUUGCGAGCGGUGUCCGGCCGACGGAACGGCGGCAUUCAGAGAAAUCUGCCCGGCGGGGAGAGGCUACCACAUCCAGACCUUGCAUCAAACCCUGACCAUCCAGGGAGAGAGCGAAUUCCUGCUGCAGAUCCACCCGGAUGCCACCAGCGACUUGCCACAACCGCGCCCAGAGCCCCCCAGCCCUGCUCCCCUGGGCAGCGAUUCGCAGGAAGCAGAAGCUGUUACUCCAGCAGUGUUGCCCAGAUAUGCGACGACUUCAGAAGAGCAAGGUGUACCUUAUGGCAACACCCCGACUUUGGGCCCCCGGUACCCUGUGGUCAUCACCAAGCCCACCAUUGCCGUCGUGGUAAAGUAUCCAGAAGAGGAGAGAAAGGAUGAAUUAAAAAUUUCUCCAACCCAAGAGACUGAGGUUGACAUUUGCAAGUUGAACCCCAACAUCUGCAGACACGGCGAGUGCAUCCCGAUUCGAACCGAACACACCUGCCAGUGUUACCACGGUUAUCGGUUGCAUUCACAGCACAAGUAUUGUGUAGAUGUAAAUGAGUGUGAACUGGAGCUGUGUGGCAACGGGAAAGGCGUGUGCAUGAACACGGGUGGGUCGUACAACUGCCACUGCAAUCGGGGUUACCAGCUGAAAGUGCAGAAGGGCGUCCGAUCCUGCAUGGAUAUCAAUGAAUGCGCCAGGCCCAACAUCUGUGGAGAUGGCGGUUCUUGCAUCAACUUCCCUGGGUACUACAAAUGUGACUGUCAUCCUGGCUAUCGGCUGAAGCCUUCCCGGCAGCCGUUCUGUGAGGAUAUCGAUGAGUGUCUUGACUCGGGGACUUGCCCUGGCGGGAGAUGUGAAAAUAAACCUGGGAGCUAUAAAUGUAUCCCCUGCCAGCCAGGUUUCCGGGCCCAAAAUGGCAUAUGUUCUGACGUGGACGAGUGCUCCGAGGAUGCCACCUGCAAACACGGCUGGUGUGAGAACGUGGCUGGGUCCUUCCGCUGCUCCUGCGGUGAAGGCUUUGUCCCGGCACCCGAUUUCCGCAGCUGCGUUGAUGUCAACGAGUGCCAGAAUGGUUCACUGUGUGCCCAUGGGGUUUGUGUGAACACCCUGGGGUCCUUCAAGUGCCAGUGUCCGGUGGGUUUCCAGGCGGUGAAGGAUGGGCCCCGCUGCAAAGAUGUAAACGAAUGCGACUUCCCUGCUGCCUGUAUCGGGGGCGAGUGUGUAAACACGGUGGGGUCCUACCAGUGUCUUUGCCGGACUGGAUACCAGUUGGAAAGGAAUCGAAAAUGCCAAGACAUCGACGAGUGUGCGAAAGAUCCUGACCUCUGCCAACCGCACGGGGUGUGCGAGAACACCGAAGGCUCUUUUGUGUGCGUGUGCGAUGAGGGAUUUGCGCCUUCCAAAGACCGGCAGAGUUGCGAAGAACUGCCCCACCAUAAGAAAGAGUGCUAUCUGAACUUCGAUGACAGCGUGUUUUGCGACAGCGUCCUUGCUACCAACGUUACUCGCCAGGAGUGCUGCUGCUCGCUUGGGGCAGGCUGGGGGGACCACUGUGAAAUCUAUCCGUGUCCUGUACUCAACUCGAUUGAGUUCCACACCCUCUGCCCAGACGGGAAGGGCUUCAUCCUGGACGACACCGUCCUGAACUACGGCAUCCCGACGCAUCGUGACAUAGACGAAUGUACCCUGUUUGGCGAAGAGAUCUGCAAAGAAGGCAAAUGCGUGAACACCCAGCCAGGCUACGAAUGCUACUGCAAGCACGGCUUCUAUUACGAUGCCAAUCUCUUGGAGUGUGUCGAUGUGGACGAGUGCUUGGACGAGUCCAACUGUGUGAACGGACGCUGUGAGAACACCCGGGGCAGCUUCCACUGUGCCUGCCCGGCCUCAACCACGUACGAUCCUGCCCAGAAGAAGUGUGUUCCGACCAGCAAAAUUGACAAGGUGACCGAUCGGCCGGACGUCUGCUGGCAGCUCCGAGGCGAGGACGGCAUGUGUUCGUCUCCGUUCGCCGGCCGACAGCUGACCUACGAGGAGUGCUGCUGCCGCCGUGGCAAAGGGUGGGGCUACCACUGCCACGCCUGCCCACCACGCAGCCCAGGUUUCAACUGCCAGUCUGCUCCAAGUGAAAGCAAUUCUUUCUGGGACUUCAGUACGCCAUUCGGGGAGGUGCAUAAAGACGCUGACAGUUCAGAAGAGGAUUCAGACGAAUGCCGCUGCCUGAACGGGCGCUGUGUCCGCACCCAGCAGGCCUCUGUGUGCGAAUGUCCUCUAGGCUUCCAGCUGGACACCACUCGCACCCGCUGCCUGGAUAUCGACGAGUGCCAGGAACUAAACCAGCGAGGGCGGCUUUGCAAAACUGACCGUUGCGUGAACACCAGCGGGUCCUACUUCUGCACCUGCAAGGUGGGCUAUUCACGUUCCUGGCCUCGCGGAAUCUGCAUUCCCCAGCGAUAGCCACAGCAUGGAAGGACAGGGGACGGGCCAUCGAAGAGCCACAUUCUUCUCUGGCCCCUGGCUGUGGUGAGCUUCUUCUCGCUGCCCACCUUUGGAAACUGGAUACGGGGCUGGGAGCACUUUUUUUUAAUUGUCUAGUUCAGCAAGGCAGUUCUCACUUUAUUAAGGACCUUUUUCUAAAAAAAAAAAAAGUUGUACCAGCCACCAUGAAGGGGCAUUGAUUUUGCUAUAGAUUUUGUACCUAUCUGUGUUUCUGUUCCUUUAACCCGCUGGAUUGUUAGGGUUUUUUUUUUUAAAAAAAAAACUGCAUUUGGUUUGCACUUGUUUCUAUAGGAUUCAGAAAUAAAAAAAUGUUUUUGUACAUAGUAGACCUUGGUGGAAGGAAAAUAAAAUAAAAGUUCAGAAUUAAUCAGCUAAUUAAAAAAAAA